CACGUUUCUUUCUGGAAACUUCCUUUGCGAAGUCUGCUCUGAGACAUGCGCGCCAUGCUCCGCCGCGCGGCGCUGUGUCUCCUGUUGGCGCCUUGCUGGCUCUUCACCGGGCCACUCGCCAGAAACAUCCGAAGCAGAACGGCCCGGGCGGCGGAGUACCGGACGGUGGCAGUUCCGGGAGCCACUGGCCAAUUGGGGCGCCUGGUUGUGGAGCAGCUCCUGAGCCAGGAGCUCUCCGUGCUGGCGCUCACGCGGAACCUCAGCAAAGCGGAGCUCCUGCCGGCCGAUGAGCGCGUGAAGGUGGUGUCCUGGGAUCCCAAGGAGGCUGAGGCAGAUGCAGUGUCUGCGCUGGCAGAUGCUGAUGUCACGCUAUGGUGUGCCGAGGGCCGCGAGGGCGUGGCGGCCAUGGGCAAGGCCAUGGCGGCCAAAGGAGCUCGGCCCAGCGGCGCGCCACGAGUGGUGAUGUGCUCCUCAGCCGCGGUGACCCGCCCGGUGUGGAGCCGGCGGCAAAAGGAGCAGCUGGCUGGCGCCGCGGACAUCCCCAUCGUGCGCCUGAACCCCGGUGGUCUCCUGGACCAAAAGCGCGGGGCGGAGCAGGCGCUCCGGGGCUCUGGGGCCAGCUACGCGGUGGUGAGGCCCACAGGUCUGAAGGACGAUUGGCCCGCUGGGCGCCCGGUGCUGUCCCAGGGCGACGUGGCGGUGGGCCGCACCUCGCGCCAGGACCUCGCCCAGCUGCUCGCCAGGAUGCUGGAUGAGCCGAAGGCUACGGGCAAGACCUUCGAGGUGCUUACGAUGCCUGGGUACACCAAGCCUGCCGGUUACGACCAGGCCCUUGCGCGCCUGAGGCCAGAUGCCAAGGGACCUUUGGGGUCACUUCGGCAAAGCCUGGGAAGGCUGUUUGGUGACGAGCAGGCGGCCACCUAUGGUGUUCUCCAGCAGCUCCUGCCCGGCGAAGAGCAGGACAGCGCUGGCUUGGCCAUGGGGCAGACCUAUGAGCAAUACGACAAGAAGGAGGAGGGCCGCCUGGGUCCGCGGGGCGCUGAGCGCGUGCCGAGCUUCGAGACUUGAGCCGUCGCGCUGAAGGAGACACCUUGCUUUACCUCGCACUGGAGGCCUUGCUUCUCCACAUUCCGCGGCAUGAGCGCCCACUCCUGCAAGUGUUUGGCCGGCCGGUUCGCCCGUGGCAUGCGUUAUUGGGGGAGGCUACCACAUUUGAACUUGCUGCCGCACAAGCCAGCAGUGCUUCGAUCGCAG